GAUUGGUUAUCUGGUCUCGCCCGGAUAACCGAUAAGGUGAACAGUAUCGCCGGGCCAAGUACCGGCUAUGAUCAGACUAGCUUAGUACAUUCUAGCAGCUCUAAAGACAUGGACGGUAACAAUUGGCUCCACUUCAGUCACGGCGCUAUCCCCCAGGAAGCAGUUGUGGCUGGCCACGAUUCCGAUGGCGACACCAUCUUCAUUGGCCGGGCUUUCUACUGCAACGACUUGCUGCCGGCCAAGAUUAUUCCCAACAAGGGAAAGGCAUAUGUGGCCUAUGCCAACCAGGAGGUGGAGCUGGAGAACUACGAAGUCCUGAGCGGCUCCAACUACGUGUGGCUGUCGGCGGAGAAUGGCGAAGUUCCGCCCGGAGCUGUGCGUGUGGGCCAGAAUGUCGAUGGAGAGGCGCUGUAUGCCGGAAGGGGCUAUCAUGCCGGCAGCCUGACUGUGGGCAAGGUUCAUCCCUCCCACGGCUGCCUGUACAUUCCCUACGAUUCUGAGGAGGUGAAAAUCUUUGCCUACGAGGUGCUGUCGCGUCGCAUGGAGGCGAGAUAAAUGCUCCGGUUACUGCCUGUUAAUCACAAAUAAAUUCAACACUUUUUAUAAAA